AUGGAAAAAACUUGCUAUUACAUUCUUGCAUGUACAUCAGUCCUACUCCAAAUGUCGUGUUAUUGUGUAGCCGUAAAAAAUUCAACCACCCUCGCCACAGAUCAAUUUUCUCUGUUCGUUCUUAAAUCACACGUCAAUUUGGACCCUUAUGGUAUUAUUACAAGCAAUUGGACCAAUUCGAGCUCUGUCUGUAGCUGGAUUGGCGUCACCUGCGAUUUGCGCAACCAUCGAGUAACCGCACUGAAUAUUUCCCACAUGAGUCUCUCGGGCACAAUUCCACCACAAAUAGAAAACCUUUCCUUCCUUGUUUCGCUCGAUCUUAGUAGCAACCUUUUCAGUGGUGUUAUUCCUCAACAACUGUCUCUUCUACACAGAUUGAAGUUUAUCUCCUUACAAAAUAAUAGCUUCACCGGUUUCAUCCCGAGUUCCCUCUCUAAUCUGACAAAUCUACGAGUUGUUGAUUUUUCUUCAAAUUUUCUUCAAGGAAAUAUUCCACAUUUGCUAGGGAGGCUUCACAAUCUGCACACUUUAUACAUGGACUACAAUCAUCUCUCCGGUCAUAUACCGUCAUCCGUAUUUAACCUGUCGGCCUUGAAAGUUAUAUCUUUCCGAGAAAACGAAUUGAGUGGCAGCAUUCCAAGUGACAUGUGUAGUAAACUUCCACUUCUUCAAGAAAUUGACCUAUAUCUCAAUAAGCUGAGUGGCGAACUUCCGUCAAAUCUAUCCGAAUGUUCACAACUUCGAUUUGUAUCACUGUCUUACAACUUAUUUAGUGGGCAGAUACCCAUAGAGAUUGGCAAGCUAAAAUUUAUGCGGAUGUUAUAUCUCGGGGGUAACAAUUUAAAAGGUGUUAUCCCGUCCGAGAUUGGGAAUCUUCAGAACCUGAAUGAAUUUGAAAUUGAUCGAAACCAGAUUAGUGGCACAAUUCCCCUCAGUAUCUUCAAUAUUUCUUCUCUCCAACUUUUACGACUACAUCACAAUCAACUGUAUGGAAACCUUCCAAAAUAUAUUGGGAAUCUUACAAAGCUCAACGAAUUGGAUAUCUCAGUCAACAAUUUAACAGAAUUUACCCUUUAUUUUAUCUUGACAGGUGGUUUACCGCGAGAAAUUGGCAAAAUUUACCAACUUAAAGUAUUACAAUUAUACUACAACUCCUUCACUGGUUUUAUUCCAUUAGAGCUCUUUAACAUGUCAAAUCUUAUAGAUAUUGAUCUUUCAGGAAAUAGUCUGUCAGGCGGUCUUCCAACUAAUUUAGGUCACGGGUUACCCGUUCUUGAGACAUUGUUUCUCCAUACAAACUACCUCACUGGAACAAUACCCAAUUCCAUCACUAAUUGUUCUAAACUCAGAUAUCUCGAACUCGCUUUAAACGAGCUCACUGGCUUUGUACCUCAUUUUUUGGGUAACCUAAGACACCUUGAAUAUAUAACCCUAGCCGUUAACAAUCUAAGGACCGAAUCAACUUCUUCGGAAUUGAGCUUCAUAACUUCCUUGACAAAUUGCAGAUCAUUAAGAGUGCUCGCAAUUGGUGAUAAUCCUUUAGGUGGCAUCCUUCCAGCUUCCAUUGGGAAUUUAUCUACCUCGCUGCAACAUUUAUAUGCCCACAAUUGUGAAAUUAAGGGAAUCAUUCCUACAGAAAUCGGCAAUUUAAGCAACCUCAUGGCACUUUCUUUACACAUAAACGAGUUGUCUGGUAACAUUCCACUUACUUUCAACUAUUUGCAGAAGCUUCAAGGAUUAUAUUUACAUAACAACAAUGUGAGUGGUUCCAUUCCAGAGGGUCUUUGUGAUUUACACAGCUUGGUUGAUUUAUAUUUAAGCCAAAAUAAAUUUUCCGGUCCAAUACUUGAAUGUUUAGGAAAUAUCACAUCUUUAAGAAAACUCUUUCUAGAUUCUAACAUGCUGACUUCAACCAUACCAUCAAGCAUGUGGCGCCUCACGGAUUUGAUGUAUUUAGACUUGUCGUCAAAUUCUUUGAUUGGAUUUCUACCUCCAGAAAUAGGUAAUUUAGUGAAAACAAUUCGGAUCAAUCUAUCAAUGAACAGGUUUUCAGAGUCUAUUCCAAACACAAUCGGAAAUUUAAUAUCUUUGAAUGCUCUGUCUUUGGCACAUAAUCUACUGGAAGGUUCUAUUCCCGAUUCCGUGGGGAGAAUGAUCAGUUUGGUAAGUAUAGACUUUUCUUACAAUAGCCUCUUCGGCUCAAUCCCAAAGUCUCUUGAAGCACUUCAAUACCUUGACUACCUUAAUGUCUCUUUCAAUGCUCUGAGAGGGGAAAUUCCGACAGGUGGUCCUUUUUUAAACUUCACUAUCGAUUCUUUUAAGGGGAAUGAUGCGUUAUGUGGAAUUCCAAGGUUCAAUGUACCACUUUGCAACCAUAAUGUUUCCAAACAUAGGUCAAUGAUGAAAAAGGUGCGCUUAGCUUUAUUUAUUGCUAGUGGGGUUGUUGCAUUGAUAUCGCUUCUCUCUUUGGCCUUCGUUUUCGUAAGAUACAGAAGAAAACAUAAGGCAAUCAAUGUAAUUGACGGGUUAGUUCCCACUAUAUCAGAAAGAAUUUCGUAUUACGAGCUCCUACAAACAACUGAUUACUUCAGUGAGACGAAUUUAAUAGGCAUGGGGAGUUUUGGUUCUGUGUACAAAGCUGUUCGAAGAGAUGGGAAGAUUUUUGCUGUCAAGGUCUUCAACUCGCUAUCCGAAGCUUCUUCUAAGAGCUUCGGAGUCGAAUGUGAAGUAUUACGCAACAUCCGUCACAGAAAUCUUACCAAAGUCAUUAGCAGUUGCUCAAAUGAGGAUUUCAAGGCACUGGUACUUGAAUACAUGCCAAAUGGAAACCUCGACAAAUGGCUAUAUUCCCACAACUAUUGCUUGGAUCUCAUACAAAGAUUGAACAUAAUGAUCGAUGUUGCAUGUGCGUUGGAAUAUCUUCACCAUGGCUAUUCGAUUCUCAUUGUUCAUUGCGAUUUGAAGCCAAGCAAUGUGUUGUUAGAUGAAGAAAUGGUUGCCCACGUGAGUGAUUUCGGGAUAGCAAAAUUGAUGGGUGAAGGUGAGAGCAUUGUGCACACCAACACCCUAGCAACAAUCGGUUACAUUGCACCAGGUUAAUUAAUAUUGUCACUUCAACCCAUACAAUUUUCUAUAUUAUCAAUUGGAUUUCACUUUUGAUUUACUGCAUUAUAUGAUAUUUUGUUGUUUUAUAGAGUAUGGUCUGGGAGGGCUAGUUUCGACAAGGUGUGAUGUUUAUAGCUAUGGAGUGAUGGUGAUGGAAACUUUUACGAGAAAAAGGCCGAGCGAUGAUAUGUUCAAUGGAGAUUUGACCUUAAAGAAUUGGGUUCAAAGCUCACUUAAUAACGAGUCAUCAAGUGAGGUUAUAGAUGCCAAUUUAUUGAAUUCAGAAAAUGAACAAGACUUUGAAAAAAACGUGCAAUGUGUGUCUUCAAUACUGGAUUUGUCUUUGAAGUGUUGUGCGGAAUCUUCUGGUGAUAGAAUAAACAUGAAAGAAGUUAUAACAGAGCUGCAGAAAAUCAAAGGUCGAUUUUCCCGCAGGGAUUAGACCUGAAACAGAAGCAUAUGCCCAAGUACCACAGAUGUUGUUUGUUUGGUAGUAUAUAUUUUUUCUAAUUUGAAUAAGUUUUUUUUAAUGUGAAUCAAUUAUAGUAUGAUGGAAACUCUUCCGAUUUU